GUGAUUCUAAGUGUUGCGUGCAACCAUAGACCCAUCUGAAGAUCCAGUCGACCGAGGACGCCUCGAGCUUGGAACUGAGAGCAGCUGGUCAACGCUACCGAGACUAACCAAGCUUGCAUUGCCAAGUCACACCAAUGCUGCUUCUGAAGAGCGCUGAUGUAGACCUCCUGAUAGAAAAUCUCUCCAUUGACGAAAUCAUGCAGCUGUGUACAGAAUCACUACAAGCCAUACCCCACGCCGACCACAAAACCUGCCCUACUAGACUCGUCGUUGAGACUGAUAAGUACACAUCUUUGCAUAUGCCAUGCGCCUACAAGGGAACAGUCUCGGAAAAGGUGGUUGGUAUUUCCAAAGCUGGUCUAUCCGCUUAUUUGACUCUGCUGAAUGCCGAGACUGGCGCAAUCCAAGCUCUGAUGAACGCUAAACGGCUGACGGCACUCCGGACAGCUGGUUGCUCACUUGUGUCAAGCUACAUGGCUUUCAAGGCCAAACGUGAGCCGACAAAUCUUGUCGUCUUUGGGUCUGGAGAUCAAGCACAAAUGCACAUUUCCCUGCAUUGUAGGUUGUUCGAAUCCAGUCUGAGUAACAUCACUGUCAUUGUUCGCGAUUUGACUUCAACAAAUUGCCUCAAGUUGAAGACUAUCUGGUCUCAAGCUACAUUUCUUCUAGCAGAGGAUGGUCGUUGUCGAAAAGCCGUCCAAGAAGCAGACAUCGUCUGCGGCUGCACGCCAUCUGUUCAACCACUCUUUGACUCUGCCGAUUUGAAGCCCACCGCGCAUGUGACGCUGAUUGGAGCAUACAAGCCCAACAUGCGAGAAGGCGACACCAAUCUGUUUAAGCAUCAAGUUUUCGUCGACUCAUUGAAGGACUGUCUGCACGAAGCGGGCGAUCUUAUGGCGGCCAUCGAGGCAGGGGUUUGUUCGGCAGCAAAUCUCACACAGCUCGGCGAGGCAGACAAAAUCUCAACAGGCAUCACCGUCUAUAAAUCUGUUGGAACGAGCUUGAUGGACGCAGCCCUCGCACAAACCAUUUUCGCUAAAGCAAAGAAACUCAACGUCGGUACAAUUGUCGGUGAUUUUUAAGCGCCGGGAGUUCCGAAUCCCGCGCGCAGUGACCCCACACCUGGAAGACACUCUAUCUUCAAGCCACGUACCACAUUACACACGCGAC